UGUGUGCGCGCGCGUGUGUGUGAUUGCUUGGCUGCGGUGAACAUCAUUGACUACCUGGCAUCUGCACCGCUCAACACCAACGUCAGGCUGCACUUUUGGGACAAAAAGAUACGGAAUCCAAACCAGCGAGUCGUGAAUUGAGCCAAACCACGUUUGUUGCUCCGUGUUUUGGUCCUGACCAAGUGGGUAUUUCUCUACAAAUGGAGAAUGGAGGCUGGGGCCAUAGGAUGACUACUCUUGUUACCUUAAACGUAGGAGGUCACCUGUACACCACCAGUUUGUCCACACUGCAGCGUUAUCCGGACUCCAUGCUGGGGGCCAUGUUCCGGGGAGAUUUCCCAACAGCCCGUGAUUCGCAUGGAAAUUACUUUAUUGACCGUGACGGCACACUUUUCAGAUACAUCCUGAACUUCCUGCGGACGUCAGAGCUAACCCUACCGGCUGACUUUACAGAGACAGACUUACUGAGGAAAGAGGCAGACUUCUACCAGAUUGAACCCUUGAUCCAUUGCCUAAGUGAUCCCAAGCCGCUGUACCCUCCCGACAUCUUCGAGCAGGUUGUGGAGCUUUCCAGCACCCGCAAACUAUCCAAAUAUUCCAACCCAGUUGCCGUUAUCAUCACACAGCUAACUAUAACGACAAAGGUCCAUGCCCUGCUGGAGGGUAUUUCCAACAACUUCACCAAGUGGAACAAACAUAUGAUGGAUACCAGAGACUGCCAGGUGUCCUUCACCUUCGGGCCAUGUGACUAUCAUCAGGAGGUGUCCCUGCGAGUUCAUCUCAUGGACUACAUCAUGAAACAAGGCUUCACCAUCCGCAACACGCGUGUGCACCACAUGAGCGAGCGGGCAAAUGAGAAUACUGUAGAGCAUCACUGGACAUUCUGUAGACCGGCACAAAUAGUUGAAGACUGAAUUGGUUUUGCUGAGUACACGUGCUGUGAUUUCAAGGUCAAAUGCGCAUAUCAUUGUAUAAAGGGAGUAUUUUUACUUGUUCAGUGAGAAUGUUAUCCUCGUCAAUCAAUCAAUACUUUAUUUAUGGAGCACAGUUCAUACGUGUUUUCCAGCCUUUAUUGAGGCCAGGCUUUUACGGUAGAAAAAUUUCACAGCGCGUCACUAAACAAAAAUGUCACAAACUGUAUAUACGAUAGUAAUGAUGAAUGAAAACUUUACUCUGUAAAGUUGUCAGAGCUGAUAUAUUGCAGGAAUUAAAGAAAGACACAUGGAGAGCUUCAACAGCUCUCCCAUCUGGUGGAAGAGCAUUUAAUUGUUCUGCCUGUCACUGUACUUCACUUGCAUAGAUGAACAAAGUAUACAUUAUUUCCAGUAAACACAUUUACAUUUUUGGACCAAUUAAGUGAAUUUAAUAAUUUUCCAUUGCAAUAAAAGCACAUUGUUUGUCCUCCUGCCCCACCCCAUAAUGACCAUCCCAGGUUUAAAACAAGUAAUAAUCUUGGGGGGAAAAAGACGACGGCUUAUCAUCACGAGGGUCAUCUUAUCAUCAGUCUGUAUGUGAUACAAAUGUUUGUAUGUUGUACAUUUUAAAAUUAGCAAGACAUCCUGCGGCUGUUAUUCUGCAACAAAGUCAUGAGUGGGGACUGCUGCCUCUGUGUGUAUGGUAUUAUACAUUAAACUUGCCUUUGUCUUGCUGUACGACGCGUUUGAUGAAAGGCCUGUAAAAAGUAGCACAUGGAAUGCUUGCUUUGGGGUUCAGCAACCUUCUUGUAUUUGAGGGCUCUUGGAAUCCUCCUCCUUAUGGCACUUUGUUGAAAAUUUUCAUUUUGUGUUACAAGUUGUUCUAUCCAGCAACAUUUUAUAGAGGGAAGCCAUUUCUGUUGAGCCCAUUGUGGAGUUUGAAAGAGCGUCUCUUAGCGCUUUAUAAUCUUAACGGUACUUUCUUCUGUCCCGUGUAGUUGUUGCAUGUUUAAUGUAUGUGUAUUAGAUGUCUGUUUGCAGUUUUGUGUCAUGCUGUUACACUUGUCCUCAAUAAAUCCAUGUUUGUAUUUGUCAGUGAUUUAAGGUAUGACAAUACUGAGUAAGUGCGUACAAAGAAGGUUUCCUUUGUGGAUGAAUAAAGUAUCUCAUUAUUCCUCUGU